GAACGCCUGCUGGGCGCCAGGGAGUCGGGGCCCUGGCUCUGCGUGGACCUCGGCGUGGCCGACCGCAUGACACAGAAGGAAACAAGCCGCCUCGCCUCCCAGAUCAGGAGACUCUACGGGGCAAACAAGCGGUCCGAGAAGCCAUUUUGGCUCUGUCUGACAGAAUUUGUGGUGGGGUCAUUGAUCUAUGAGGAGUGUUUUCGCAUGAACGACGGCUUCUCCAAUUAUUUGAUGGAUACAACUGAAGAAAGUUACCUGGACCUGUUUCCUUUAGAUGCAAUUGUUUAUCUCACUCCUGACUCUGAGAAUGUCCUUGAAGAUAUUGAUCCAAAUAAAGCGUACGUCCUUGGAGGCCUGGUGGAUGAAAGCAUUCACAAGAAGCUGACUCUGCAAAGGGCACAAGAGCAGUCCUUGCAAACAGCCCGCCUCCCCAUUCGUGAGUACAUGGUGAAAACCGUUAACACCAAGAACUACCAUUCAGAGACACUGGCAAUUAAUCAAGUCUUUGAUGUCUUAUCAACUUACUAUGAGACCCGAAGCUGGCCAGCAGCCUUGAAAGCUGGAGUUUCUUCUGGAAAAGGCUAUGUGCUACCAGAUGCAGUGAAAUAA